AUGUAUAUUAAAAUACUCUCAUAUCCGUUCCAGGAACCAACCAAUAGUCAAGCUAAGCACAAAGCAGUGCACGAAGUGUGUACAACAAGUGCCGACUGCCCUGCACGUGCUACAUGCAAACCUACGUCAUGUGACGGCUACACGUGCUUAUGUGACGACGGUCACGUGGCAACACACGACAGAAAGGAAUGCAUCCGAGCUGCUCGAAUAGGUGACAAAUGUGAACAAAACCAGACACGGUGUAUUUCCGAGUACGCCCAGUGCGAUUCCGGGGAAUGUAAAUGUAUGAAGGGUUUCCAAGCUACAAAAGAUGGCCGAUGUAAACUUCCGGGUGUUAAUUUCGUCGGUGAAGGAUGCGGUUCGUGUGAAUUUCCGGCACAGUGCGUUGAUGGAGUGUGUAAAUGCGCGGGAGAAUUUAGGUCUUUAACAACGGAGGAAUUCUGGGUGGAUCCAAUUAGUGUUCUACAGUGCAGACCUAAGGACUACAGCUUAGAUUUUUGUAACGGGACUUCUAUAGUCGUCAAGUCUGAAACAACGCAACCAUCCAAUACACAGACCAACAGUUUCUCCCCUACUGGCAUUAAUUCAAAUGACUGGUCCCUGAUACUGCCAGAAAAAUCUAUUUACGAGAGUUGUAACUCCCACUCUCAGUGUCCAGGAAACGCCAGGUGUCGCCCUAAUUCCUGUGACGGUUUCGUUUGUUUGUGUGACGUCGGAUUUGUACAAAGUGACGACAGACUCCAGUGCCUUCCAGCUGUGAAAGUAGGGGAGGCGUGUGACCCGAGAAUGGAUACAUGUUUAUCUCCCUUUGCCAAGUGUACAACCGGAAUUUGCAAAUGUGACCAAUUCAUAUCUCCGACAAUUGACGGAAGGUGCCGAGUAACAAAUACCCGGUUUGUCGGAGAAAGUUGUCGAGGGACUGAAGAAUGUGAAUAUCCGGGCGUUUGUGUGAAUGGGAAAUGCGCAUGCGUCGAACCACAAAGGGAGCUCACUCAACAAGAAUUUUGGAUUGAUCCUUCUUUGACUAUUCAGUGUAGACCAAGAGACUAUUCCACAUGGCGAUGUAAUGGAACAGCCAUCAAUAUACCAAAACAGUUCCAUGCAGAUAUUCCUAUAGAUAUUGAAAUAGAAUUAACAUACAAGAAAGAACACAAGGGACAAGACCACGAUGAUCAUGUUGAAGUGAAUCCUACCAUAGUUGUCGAUGAGCCAAAAGAAGAUGAUGAUUUCUACGUGCCUUUACAGAUAGCGGGAAUUCUGGUAGCAGCCCUUUUCGCCCUUCUUAUUGCAUGUAUCUUCAAGACAAAAAGAAGGAAGGCAAUCAAAAGAGACAUUUCGUUGACAAGGACCAACAUAUUGGCCAAUAAAACAAUGGUUGAAGCCGCCGAGCAGGAGAUGGUGAACAACCUACACUUGAGAAUGGAGCAUGCCGCACCGAUGGCACAGAACAAUACCCUGCCACAGACUCAAAUUGGAACGAUGCCACAAAACCUUAGCCCGCACAACACCAUGACGAUUCCCAGGCCGAACUUGGCGAUUUACAAUAAAAAUGGUUGGCACGAGUCGUACGCUGACAAAAGUUUCUACGACAAUCAGACGGAUAUUUACCCAGACUCGAACACGACAACCAGAAGCACUGGGCCGUUCAUAGUUGACUCGCCUAAACACUCAAGAGUCCAUUCAAAUGGUGGGCAGUCAACAAUUGGUCACAACAAUCAAAAUGGGGGCGUGGGUAUCGUUGCGCCGUACACGGUUAACACAAUGGGGAGGAGCGGUCCGUAUAUCGUUGACGGUCACACCAAUGAGGCGUUUAUUGGGCGAAGCGUUGUAGAGCAACCGGGUAGAGUGGGCGGUAUUUAUGCAAAUGAGACGCAUGAGUGGCACCCGGAAUUCUUGAGUGACAACGAGCCAGAUCUUGUUAUGUUUUAAAAAACCUUGACAGUUUGACAAUCAAAAGAUGUUCAAGUGCAUACAUUGAUUUGAAUAACAUGAGCGCUUUUUUCAUAUUUGUUGUAAAUAUAAACUUUUAUCCACAUCUCGUAAAUGCACUGUAUUUGGUCGCUUAAAUAUCUAUGAGCUUAAGUUAUGUGCAAAUCAACAGACACAUGAAAUGUACAGAGACAAAAUAUAACGACUGUUGGGUAUGAAAAUCUAAUUUGUAAUGAUUAAGGAUCAAUAGUGUUGUAAGUUUAUCUGAAGAUGAAAAUAUGUCCUUAUUAGAUCAUAACCUAUUUUAGCCAAUGAAAUCGCUUGACGGUAUUUCAAAAUUUAAAUAAUUCUUAUCUUAUCCAAUUUUCGCGAUCUUUAAGCUCCGCCUACAACCAUAACCUUAUUAUUUGCAUGUUUUGUACAGAUUUCACAUUUUUUAAAUAAAAUGUGAUACAGAAUCAUUAUUUUCACAGUGAUAUAUUUUCUUGUAUAUGUAAUAGAAUGAUACCUAUUCGCAACUAGAUUGCUUAAAACGGAGUAUAAAGUUGGCAGGAACCAACAAAGAAAUGUAAUGUGACAGCCAAACGGAAAUAAAUUUAAUACUAGCAACAAGUCCUUGAAGAAAAGCAUUUCACAUUGCUACGUGAUAUGUUUGAUAUCGUGUAGCCUCCAUUUUCAAGUCACUUGCCGUUUUCUAUGAUCACGUGUCGGCAGUGAUUUGAGUGUAGCCAAUCAAAUUAACUGUAAGGAGUUGGCUGGUCAAAAUUGUAGGAUCUGUUCACUGAUGAAAAUGUUCGAUCGCUCGUC